AAUGGGAAUUUGUACAAGUAAUAAAAGCAACAGAGUUCAUAAUCAGGAUAAUCAUCAUGAAAUAGAUUAUAAACCUUUUAUUUUUGACACAUCAAUAGUACCUGAGUAGUAGCCAUAAGUGAAUACAAAGUAAACAAAUACUGUGGCUGAUCGAAUUAUCCCUUAGCACAAUAAUACUGACCAAACUAAAACAGAAUAUGAUCGCGUUUUUCAAGAAAUGUAAUGUAUUAAGCUCAUUUUAGGCAAAAAAAAUAAUAAGCAAAAUUUGAAGAUUCAAAAUUUCCUCCUGAUAAAUGUAGCCUUUCAUCAGAUCCUAAUUUUCAAAAGGGAAAAAACAUUGUCUGGAAGAGGCCAGACCAAUUUUUAGAGCCAGGUUAAAUUAAAUUGUUUGAUGUAAUAUCUAUUUAACUAUUUAGACAAUUGAUCCUAUGGACAUCAAGUAAGGUGAGCUUGGAGAUUGCUAUUUUUUAAGUUCAUUAUCAGCUUUGGCUGAAAUUCCAUAAUAAGUAUAAAAAUUAUUCCGACAUCAAGAAUAUUAAUAGAAUGGUAAGAGUAAUUUGUAAACAUAAAGGACUUUAUGGAAUUUUUAUGUGUAAUAAUGGAAUAUUACAAGAGUGUGUGGUUGAUGAUUAUAUUCCAUGUAAUUAGAAAGGAUAUCCAAUAUUUUCUAAAGCAAAUGGAAAUGAAUUAUGGGUCCUUCUUUUGGAAAAAGCUUAUGCUAAAAUCUAUGGAUCCUAUAAUAAAAUAGAAUAAGGUUUAGCAGGUUAUGCAUUAAAAGAUUUAACCGGAGCCCCAAGUGAAUAUUUUAUCAGAAAAGCUGAAACCUUAGAAGAUGCUAAUUUAUGUUGGGAUUUUAUGGAGAAAAAUGAUAAAGAAAAAUAUAUACUAACUGCAUCUUCAGAAACAAAUGAAUAAGGUAUGGAAUAAGAUAAUGGAAAUGGUAUAGUAUCUUAACACUGCUAUGCAAUAUUGGAUUUAUAAAAAGUCAUUGCAAGUGAUGGACAACCUGAUAGAAUAAUUAGGAUUAGAAAUGUAUAAAAUUUAAAGUGAAUUUGUAUAGCCUUGGGGUAGAAAAGAAUGGACUAAAGACUGGAGUGAUAGUUCUUCAAAAUGGACCCCUGAAUUAAGAGAGAGAUUGCAAGUUUAGCAAAGAGAUGAUGGAAUUUUUUGGAUGAGUGUUAAUGAUUUUAUAACUGAAUUUAGUUCUGUUUGUGUGUGCAAAUUUAAACCAGAUUAUUUAUACACUGCUACACCCCUUAAAGUUUAGAAAUCAGAUGGUGUAACUAAAAAAGUGAUUUUGAUGAAGGUUUAUGAAUAAGCACACGCAUUUAUUUCAUUAACCUAAUCAGAUAAACGCUUUUUCUAGAAAGGUCAUUAAUAUUCAUUAGCCAGAUUAAUUAUAGGACAAUUAGAAACAAAUAAAAAAGAGGUUUUACAUUAUUCAGGUUCUGCUUUUGAGAAUGAAAGGGAUAUUGUAGUUGAGAAAGUUUUUGAGCCAGGAUAUUAUGCACUAUACGUUGAAGUAGAUUGGACAUAAAAUUAUGAUCGAUAUCUAGCAGUAUCAUGUUAUGGAUCAAAAUCAGUUUAAUUUAGUGAAUUAGAGUUUACAGCUGGUUAAGAAAAACUCAUAAUUGAUAACAUUUUCGAUGGGUUUUUAAGAGCGCAUGAGAGAGACACAGAUGAAGAAAAAGUUAAAGAUAUUGAACCUGGAAUCAGAAGAAUUUCUGGAAUGGUUGGUGGUUAUCUUUAUUAUUGGUAUCAAAAUUAAACAACCAUAAAAACACUUCAUGAGAUUCUUUAAUUAAAUAAAAUAUAAAAUUUGGAGAUAUGUCCACCUUAUUAAAAUCCAAACGAGGUAAAAAUUUAAUGCAAUCCUUUAUCAACAGUUAUGGUUAAAUAUAGAGUUACCAAACAAGGUGGAGGUUCUUUUGGAUACUCAUUAAAAUCUUAAACAUCUGUUAUUUAAGUCAAAUCAGAAUAAGAUAUUAUUUAACAAGCCAUUCAAUAAGCAGACUAAAAAGUAUAAAGAAGCAUUGAAGGAUAAGUAUUUAAUUAUAAAUAUUAAGAACAUAUAAGUCUUCUUUUAUAUUGUUAAGUAUCCAGCAGGAGUUGCUUUCUACUAUGAAAAUAAAGAAUCUAGAAUAUAUCAAGAAACCAUUUAAUUAGAAGUCUCUAAUCUGAAAGGAGUAGAAUUAGAUAUUACUUAAGAUGUAGUCAUAGAAAUCCCCCCUGGAUAAUCUAAACUUAUUUAAUUGCAAUCUAUAGAUCCAAGCUAAGGAUAUUCAUAUAAAUACUCAAUUUCAUAUACAUUAAUGUGA